CAGGUGUUCCAAUCCCCUCCAUAUCAUGUGAUUCAGGUGUUCCAAUCCCCUCCCAAUCAUGUGAUUCAGGUGUUCCAAUCCCCUCCAUACCAUGUGAUUCAGGUCUUCCUAUACCCUCCCAAUCAUGUGAUUCAGGUGUUCCAAUCCCCUUUCUUAUCAUGUGAUUCAGGUGUUCCAAUCCCCUCCAUAUCAUGUGAUUCAGGUGCUCAAAUCCCCUCCAUAUCAUGUGAUUCAGGUGCUCCAAUCCCCUCCAUAUCAUAGUCAAUAGCUAAAGACCUCUAAACUUGGUGUGGCCUUCAGAUGAGCCCAACAACAGUGUGUAGAGAGCUUCAUGGAAUGGGUUUCCAUGGC